AUGCUUGAUGAAGUAGUUCCACCAGCAGGAAAAGAAGACGAUGUGACUGUGGGAAAAUUCUAUGCGACAUUCCUGAUUCAGGAUUACUUUCGUCGUUUCAAAAAACGUAAAGAACUCGAGGCGAAAGGAAUUAUGCCAACGCAUACACCACAAGCGAUGGCACUUCAG